UUGGAGAAGAAAUGGACCAGACCACUUAAGAGAAGCUGCGAGUCAUUUAAUGACUAGAUAAGGUCUCCAUGCUCAUGAUUUUUCUCAUAUGCUUUUCCUGGAGCCAUGGAUGAAUACAACCGCUUUGUGGAUUGGGAGAAAAUGGAUGUUACUGUCCAGAGCCAAGACCCAAAGGAGCUAACUUGCACAGAAUUCCAGGAGCUCAAACAGCUGGCCCGGCAGGGCUACUGGGCCAAGAACCACUCGUUGAGAGCUAAAGUGUACCACAAACUAAUUAACAAUAUCCCAUGCCGCACAGUGACUCCAGAUGCAAAUGUGUACCGGGACAUUGUUGUGAAGAUCAUUGGAAAACGUAACAGUGUCUCCCUUCCGCUGCCAGAGUUUGUGGAUGACAGCCUGGUUCCUACAUACUGCUUGAAUGCAGAAGGCAUUGGGGCAGUCAGGAAGAUAAUACUGUGCAUUGCAAACCAGUUCCCAGACAUAUCAUUUUGUCCAGCGCUGCCCUCUGUGACAGCUUUGCUCCUCCACUACAGCAAAGAUGAGGCAGAGUGCUUCGAAAAGGUUUGUCGCAUCCUUGCUUGCAAUGAUCCAUCUAAGCGACUCAUUGAUCAGACGUUCUUAGCUUUUGAAUCCUCCUGCAUGACCUUUGGUGACCUGGUUAACAAGUACUGUCAGGCAGCACAUAAGCUAAUGGUGGCAGUGUCUGAGGAUGUUUUGGAAGUAUACUCUGACUGGCAACGUUGGCUCUUUGGAGAACUGCCCAUGGUAUACAUUGUGCGGGUCUUUGAUGUGUUUCUGGUGGAGGGCUACAAGGUUCUUUAUCGUGUUGCACUGGCUCUUCUGAAAUUCUUUCACAAAGUCAGAGCUGGGCAGCCCAUGGAGUCCGACAGCGUACAGCAGGAUAUUCGAUCUUUUGUGAGAGACAUUGCCAAGUCAGUGUCCCCAGAGAGGCUUUUGGAAAAAGCUUUUGCUAUCCGGCUUUUCUCACGGAAGGAGAUCCAGCUCCUGCAGAUGGCCAAUGAGAAAGCUUUACAACAGAAGGGCAUCACGGUCAAACAGAAAAGUGUUGCAUCUCCUAAAAGGCAGAACGUGCACUUAGCAGUUCAUGCUGAGAACUUCAAGUCUGAAAUAGUCAGUGUGAAAGAGAUGCGAGAUAUCUGGUCCUGGAUCCCAGAACGCUUUGCACUUUGCCAGCCCCUCUUGCUUUUCACAACCUUGGAACACGGCUGUAGCCUAAGCAGGUUCUAUUCUCACAGUGAAGGACAUGAACCAACUCUUCUCCUCAUCAAGACUACAGCAAAAGAGGUCUGUGGUGCUUAUCUGUCAACUGAUUGGAGUGAGCGCAGACGAGGAGGGAACAAGCUGAGUUUCUUUGGGACAGGGGAGUGCUUUGUGUUUAGGCUACAGCCUGAAGUAGAACGCUACGAGUGGGUGAUAAUAAAACACCCAGAACUAGCCAUGAGUGUGUCUGAGCCAGAAAAUCAUGCUGCACAGGCUUCCAGUACUCUUUCCUCCAGUAGUGCACCAUCAGAUCGUCUUUCUCCCUUCUUAUCUGCUCGUCACUUCAACCUGCCUUCCAAAACAGCCUCCAUGUUCAUGGCUGGCAGCAGUGAAUGCAUCAUUAUAGGAGGUGGUGAUGGCCAGGCUCUCUACCUUGAUGCAGAUCUGAACCAUGGAAGAACAAGUCACUGCAAUACUUUCAAUAAUCAGCCAUUGUGCUCUGAAAGUUUCCAGAUCUCUGUCCUAGAGGUGUGGGGCUUCAGGGACACCAUGAAUUGUUGACAUGACUCUUGUCAAACGAUCAGUUUUUCAGAUAUCUUAGAAUUACCAAGACAAAUUGUAAUGCAGGAGCCAAGUUAGAAUAUAAUUUUCACUGGGCUCAGUAUUGUUUAGUAAUUACUAAGCAGCACACUUGAAUGCAGGGCUGUUUACUGUUUUAAGACAGGUCAGGGAUGAAAUAGUGUUCUCUGAUUAACUCCUUUUCUCUUUACCUCUAGAGAUCUGGAUUCAGGUCUUGAUGUUAGGUAAAAAAUGGAACUAUAUAAUGAUUUCAAACCAUCCUAAAUGGAUACAAAUCCAUAUCAUAGGAUAGUUUUGCAGUUCAAUGCAAUGCAGGUCUUCAGAGGCACAGACCUUGCUGAGGUGUACUGUAGAGCUGUGUGCCCCUGGCACCAGUAUUUGGCUUGAGCCAGUGAUACCAAAUUUCCACUCACAGGAACGUUGAAGAUCCCAGAUUUGUCAUAGGGCACUAGUUUAUAAAAUCAUUGCACUACUGUAAAUAGACUUUGUACAAACAAAUCAUAAGUUAUUAUCAGAACCUUUUCAUGAGUAAGGUAUGAAAGCAUUCAGUUCACAAAAGAAACCAUAAUUGCUAGUUACCCUUCUCCUUGCACCUGAACCCUUAGCACAUUCCGAUUGCAUCUGUCUGAGGAGUUUGCCUUUGAGAAGAAGGCAUCCAGACUAGAUAAGGAUAUCUCAGAGGGUUAAUUUUGUUUACAUUCCUAUUCCAUAUCAGUAUAAUGACUUCAAACUGAUUCAUGUUUUGGGCAGCUGAAACCCAGUAGCUCAGACACUUCCCUUUCUUCAUCUUUCCUGGAAGAUGAAAUGGAGCUUUAAAUGUGAGAAUAAUGACUAUGUUGAUAUCAGUAAGUCAGCCAUUGAGAGAACUAGCUACGGGGAUGCAGAAAAUUAUGCACUGACCACAAAUAAAUGGAGAGAGGUGGAAGGGGAACCUUCUGAGUAAUAUUGUUCUGGGAGAGGGGUAGUUUUUCCAGAAGAACUCUAGGUGACACCUUUUUCCACAUUGUGAGUCUUCGCAGUGAUGAGAGUCCUGAAAAAGGUAAUACUCCUGCCUACAGUAUUCUUCUAGUAGAGCUUGAAUGAGGCUAAGAGGUUGUUUCUCAUUCCUGAGAAUUUGUGCAGUUCUCUUCUGUAAGCAUGCUUUGUGGUCUGUGGUAACUGGAUGUGAUUUCCCAGUAUCUGUGUCUAAAACUUGUUGUGUCUGGCUGUGGAACUUCUCUCGCAUGAAGCAUGUGUACAUAAACAUCCAGUCGACAGUCCAGAGCAUACCACUGAAAACUCCCAACACUUCAGUGAAUGGCUUGCUAGUAAGAUGAUUUGCUACUAUAGGUGAAAUGAGGGGAAAGAGGAAAUGCUGGUUUUUUUCAGCAGGUCAAUUGCACUAGAGUGGGGAAAUGCUAUUUUCACUUAAACAUGAAUUUUCACUUAAACAUGAAUUUUAUAGAUAGAGGAGUUUUUGAAUUGUGGUGAUAAAAAUCUCAGGCUGCACAGGAUCACAUUAAUAUUCAGUAGUCACAGGUGAGUUUAAUUGAUAACUUGUUCAGCUUGCCAGCAAAGAAAAUGUGUCGUGGUAGAAUGUUGCCUCUUAGAAAGCAUAUGAACAAACUUGGAAUUUCUUCUUAAGGUGCCAUUCUGAAAAAAAAAAAUCCAAACUAACUCCUUGAAAUAUUAGACCAUAUAUACAAAAUUUUAAGAUGUGUUCUGCACUGUUUAUAUGUGCAAUCAGAUCAUUUUGCAUCAUCUGAAAGGCAGCACUGGCCUCCUUUUUUUUUCCUGUUUGCCACUCAGUGAGUCCAGCUGUUGAAUCACUUACUGCUUGCUUUUGUCAUAGGUUUACCGUAAGUUUUUAAUUGACUAGAGGGUUGAUAUAAUUCAGUUGUACUAAUGAGUAUCAACAGGAAGCUACUUCCACAGUCAUAUCUUGUUUCUGCAAAUACACUGCCUGAUGCUGUCUUCUAUUACCUUUUCCAAAGCUAGCUGUUUCACUUUUGGUAUUUGCUAGUACCCCAUGAGCUCCCUCAGAUGAAAUCACUCCAAAUGUAUGCCAUCUAGUAGUCUCUCUUAAAUGUAGUGGGAUCUCUCACAUAAAGUUUUUUCCAUAUCUCCUCUCUUUGGAGCUUGUCUCUAAGUGGCCUUGCAAAAAAAAAAAAAAAAAAAAAAAAGAAAGAAAAAAAAGGAAAAAAAAUAGCAUUGACUUUCAGCUUGUUAAAUUGUCAGACUUCCUAGAGCUAUGUGCUGGCAGGAUUUGUGGGACUUUAGUAUUACACUUAAAUAAAAUUAAUUGCUUUUGUUUGCAAAAAUCUUUCCUGCAGGUGGCAGGGAUGUUGUGGUAUUCUCUGUCCCCAUCCUUGCAGAACGCAGUUAUGUCAGCAAAACUUGAAUACUUGCACCAUUUCUUCUCAAGUCAUAUAUGAAAAAUCCUGUUCCUUUCUCUUCUCUGUUCUUAGUACACAGAAAUUUGGGUGCUUGAUCUCAGAAAUCAUUCAUAGUUGGUCACAAAUUCAUCUUAGCAUAUUAGUCUGAGAAUUCAAGGAGAUCAGUGAGAUUUAGACAUCUGAGGCUCUUGGACCUCUUUGAGGAGUCAGUCAUAGGCCUUUCUCCAAAUUUUGUUGUCAGAUGAAUACAGCAUCUGAUCACACUGGCAGUGAAGAUCCACAAAGAACCCCUUUUAGCUAGCUUUUCUGGAUGGCCAACUACAAUCUUUUUGCACAGGACUAAGGGACUAAGGGUAAAUCUUUUUUUUUUUUUUUUUUUUUUUUUUUUUGAUUCUUAAAGGAACAUGUUGUAUUUGGUGGCAGCACUUGGUGGUUGGUAGUGUUCAACACAGUUGGUCUCUAUCUGGGCACUUGCAAUUGCAAGGGAGGGUUCUGGAGCAAACACUGCCCCACUAUAACAAUUUGAGCUAUGACCUAUAUGAGUUUUAAAUCAGUACAGGGCUACACUGUUUCAAACAGGUAAAUGGGGAAAUAGUUGAUCCUCCUUCUAUUGACAAUUCCAUUCAUAUUAGUCUUAAGAGAUAUAGCAAUGCUUUUAGUUUGCUGUAGCACUAUCCUCGUGCAGCUAUCCUGGAAGAAUAGUGUAGUUUGCAUGUUCUAAGUCUGAAUAGUCUAAAUAACCAAGAAGCUGCAGUAAUUUAGCAAGAGGAAUUACACAAAGCUGUGUCAUUCUCAUAUGUUCCUUUGUUCAGUAAAAAUGAGUGUUCCUUUUCAUGUGCAAAUUUUCAUGAAUAAUUCUUUUGUGGUAUUGAGACAGCUUAGAGUAACAGCAUUGUGACUUGAUUUCCUUUCCAGUAGCAAAGAGGCGUUUUCUAUCUGUGUAGAUAAAGGUUGUUGUUAACCAGUUAUAUGUUUAUCACGGUUCAUGUAUCAAGCCAACAGUUUGUGUGUUACAUGGAGAACUCUGGAAAUGGAGACAACAGAAUAGUUUAUAAGACAGCUGCAAUGUGCAUUUUAUUAAAGUUAAAAUUAUUGGAAGUAUCCCACCUGUGAAGUACUUAGAUUGCCUUAUAACUUUGAACUCCCUCUUCUUUGUAGUCCUGCUGGUAGUAAUGACAGUGAGUCCUAGUAUCAUUUGAAUAGCUCUUUGGUGUGAAGCCAGAGAGCUGAAGGCUGAGCAUCACCUACUGUAUUUCUGGAAGAGCAUAUUUGCUUUCCUGGGAAUCUGUUUUUGCUUUGUAAUAGCCUCUUAGAUGGGCAGGGAAGAUGGAAGAGGCUAGAAUCGCAUGGUGUGAGAAAUCUGACCUUAUUUUAAAUAGCAGUUAAGUUAUUUCCAGGGCACAGGAACUAUUUCUGGCUGUAGGCCAAAGUGGCCAGGUUUUUAUCAGUAGACCUAAAACCUAUAAAUUCCUACAAAUCAUGCACUUUGAAAUGUUAUCUUUUCUGAUGAAACAAAUUAAAGGGAGGGGGAGGAAAAACUUCUAUUUUCUCUGUGUUGAGAAAACAGAAGGCAAAUUGGGAGUUAGGGGGGAUCCUAUUCUUUAAAGAGUUUAACUUAAUGCCAAUGGAAAUCUGUGUUUUGCCAUAAAGAGGUGGCACUCACAUAUCAAUAAUUUGUUGUUUUGUGCGUGUGCAUUGAAAUUGUGUACAUUGUUCUUCAAAAUCUCUCCUUUUUUCCAUGGGGUCUGAGUUUAACCUGCCUGCUGACUAUACAGUGGCCAUGGCAAUGCUUCAGCAAGUGGGGACCAAGAACAGCUAUGGCACUGGAGGAGCUCAGCUGCUGCAACCAACACCUGGAAUCAGUUUGAUGGGCAGCUCAGAAGCUUAGACACCCAGCUGUUAACAUGUGAGAUGUCUUUUUACCAGCCCUGUCUUUCUGAUGAGUUUUGUACUAAACUAUUCAUAGUCAAUAUGAAUGUGCAGAUUAUUUAGUGGUGUCUGUCUUCAGAUGAGUGGUGGUGUGGUGCUGAACUGAUUUUCUGCUGUUCAAUUGGGAUUGCUGCACUACAAUGAUGCUAUUUUUGUCACUAUAUAGCAUCUUGGAUUGUAUUAAAUGAUGUUUGACUGUGAAGGCUCCUGACUUUGUCCUUCAGCAAAACCGUGGAGUUUUUCCAUCUUGCAGACCUCAUAACAAAUGACACACACAAACUGAGAAAUAAAUCUUCAUGCAUGUGUUUUUUCAUAUGAACUUUUCUCUAGAAUAAAAACUGGAGCAGUGAUUAA